GCCGAGGUCAUGAAUCAUGUGACAGCGGGUUGCACUAGAAUCUGUCUCUGAAGCUGUAAGUGAACUGCGGUGGAGAUAUUCAGGCAACCAAGAACCCCAGGCGUGGAAGAUUGGUCCUGCGUGAGAAAGGGGUUCAUCAUGGCGGAUGACCUAAAGCGAUUCCUGUAUAAGAAGUUACCAAGUGUUGAAGGACUCCAUGCUAUUGUUGUGUCAGAUAGGGAUGGAGUACCUGUUAUUAAAGUGGCUAAUGAUAACGCUCCAGAGCAUGCUUUGCGGCCUGGCUUCUUAUCUACUUUUGCCCUGGCAACGGACCAAGGGAGCAAACUUGGACUUUCAAAAAAUAAAAGCAUCAUCUGUUACUAUAACACCUACCAGGUCUUCAUUCUCUUUUUAGGUUGUUCAGUUCAAUCGUUUACCUCUGGUAGUGAGUUUCAUAGCCAGCAGCAAUGCCAACACAGGAUUAAUUGUCAGCCUAGAAAAGGAACUUGCUCCAUUGUUUGAAGAAUUGAUAAAAGUUGUGGAAGUUUCUUAAUCUGACAGUGGUUUUGACGUGUACCUUGUCUUCAUGAUAACAAUACAAUAUCAAUCUAGCAAUCUUUAGGCCACAGUAAUACUUUUAUUUAUCCACAUACUUAAGAAAGGGCCCCCUUUCCCACCUAUACUAAAGAAACAGCCUAUAGGUAUAAUUUAUAGACAAAUGAAUUACAAUUUACUUUGUAAGAUCUUUUAUUUAGUGAGAUCUGGAGAUACCACAAAAAAUGAUCUGGACUAUCGCAGCUCCCAUGGAGUUAGUGCAGUCACCAGAUACGAAUGCAAUUCUAUGCAGAUCAGAAUCAAAAUGGUGCAUUGAUCAACCUAGUGCUCACUAUUGUACAGUACUCCAGGCCUGCAAGAUGCAGCAGAUCCUUCUUAUUGUGAAUAAUAAUGGGACAGAUUUUUCCUCUUGAUUAUAUUUUAUAAUCAAGGAGAUAAAAUGGGUUAGUAAAAGUAAUCAGUACAAUCACUAACUUUUAUUUGUAUAUAUUACUUUGCAGUGUAGGUGAAUAGUACUAAUGGAUUCUUCUCAGAGGGUGCUGCUCUUUAAUGAAAGGAAAAUUAUAGCUUAUGGUAUUUCCACUCUGCUUUCUGUAACCAAUCAGUGUUCUAAUGAUUGUGUGUUCUUUGUAAAAUUUAAAUGACUCAAUGUUGAAUUCUGUUUCCAAUAUCAGUGUGUAUGUAAACAUUAUAGUA